AUGUUGGACAGGAGCAACACGCUGCUGCUCUCAGGUACGUCCCACACCAGACUCCACUCGUGUUUAUACCUGUUCUGCUCAGGCUCUGUUUUUUUGUUUUUCAGUUUCUUAAAGACGAAAGGAGACGAUGAAAUCUGGCUCAUCGAGUUCUACGCCCCCUGGUGUCCGGUCUGUGAACAGCUGGAUCCGGUUUGGCAUCAGAUCGGAUCAGAACUCCGAAGUCUCGGUUCCCCGGUCCACGUUGGCAAAUCAGAUGCCACGGCCAGCAAAGAUUUGUCCAAAGAGUUCAAGAUCCUAAGUUUUCCCGCCAUCGUCAUGCUGAAGAAGGAUAUGAAAUAUAUUUAUUCAGGACCCAAAACCAAAGAUGAGAUCAUGGAGUUCGCUAAUCGAGUCUCAGGGCCGCUGGUUCGACAUCUGAGCAGCGUGCAGCUCUUCCAACACGUCAGGACCCGCCAUGAUGUCAUGAUAGUUUAUGUUGGAGCCACGUCACCUCUGAAGGGGAACUUCACCUCCGUCGCAGAGACGCUGAUCGUCCACACCUUCUUCUUCUCUGCUCCCAGAGACGUCCUGCCCAAGGAGGUGUCUCUGCCCUCUCUGCCGGCCGUGGUGAUUUUUAAAGAUGGAACUUACUUCACCUUCAACGAGGAACAUGACGGCGAUCUGCAGUCGUGGAUCAACAGAGAACGUUUCCCAAACUACAACCAGAUCGACGGCUACACCCUGUACGCCAUGGGGGAGUCAGGUAAACUGGUGGUGUUGGUGGUGGCGGAGGAGAAGAGUCUGAGCCAGGAGAGUCUCAGGUAUAAAAGCCUGGUGGAGAAGGUUUCUGCAGACUACAGAGAAAUCUACAGCAGGAACUUCUACUUCGGUUUCAUGAAGGGCAGCGAGUACAUCGAUGGUCUUGUGAUGGGCGAGUUGUCCGUGCCGUCCUUCAUCGUCGUCAAUCUUUCCAACGACGGCUUCUUCAUGCCGCUGGGCGCUGUUCAGACGGAGCGCCACCUGCUGGAUUUCCUGAACGGAGUUCUGGACGGCAGCAUCCAGGGUCAGGGAGGAAACAGUAUUGACCUGCGAGCCCAACGCCUCCUUUAUAACAUCAAAGCCACGGUGAAGCCGGUCUUCGUGAGGGCCCCCCUGUACGCCUGCUUCCUGCUCAGCCUGCCCCUCCUCGUCAUGGUGGUCCUGUUCCGUCUCUGCAGGAAGAAACUUCCUCCCAGCGCCGACGCAGACGGUGACGGCGCGCUGCUGGAUCCGUCGCUGCGACGACGCAGGAAACCGAUGGACAAGAAGUCAGACUGAUGGCGAGGAACCGGAGGAAGAUGACUUCCUAACACAAAGUCUCCGGCCGGGGAAAUAAAAUAAAUAAAAUAA